GGCUUGUGGGGCAAGGGGGAGUCUUCCAAAAAGGAGAGGCACUGACACGAGCUGAUCGACUUUUAGGAUGGAGGAUGGAGUGGAGCAACAAGGGGAGGAAAUGAAGGACCUGGUGAGGGCGGGCAAAGUCGGGGUCCCGCAGCGGGGGCUAUUUCAGUCAGCCCGCUUUGUGUGGCUGAAAAACGAGUACCUCCGAUUGGGGCUGGCUGAAACCCUCUGCACGUAUGUGUUUAUGGUUUUUGGUCUUGGAUCGGUGGCGCAGGUUGUGACGGGUCACGGCUCGUACGGCCACUACAUCAGCAUCAACCUGGGCUUUGGACUGGGCGUCGCCAUGGGGAUUCACAUCGGAGGGAAGGUCUCAGGGGCACACAUGAAUGCAGCCGUAUCCUUCACCAUGUGUGUGUUCGGCCGCCUGCCCUGGAUGAUGUUGCCGUUGUACAUUUUUACUCAGUUUCUGGGCUCAUUCCUGGCCGCAGCGACGAUUUACGCCGUGUACUACGAGGCGAUUCAUGACUAUUGCGGUGGGAAUCUGACAGUGACGGGUCCGACGGCCACUGCAGGAAUCUUCGCCACCUAUCCAGCGCCGUACCUCUCUGUGACUGCUGGAUUUGUGGAUCAGGUCUUUGGCACAGCCAUGCUGACCCUCUGCCUGAUGGCUUUGUUCGACCAGAAGAACAAGCCAGUGGUGGCGGGAAAUGAGCCCAUAGCUGCUGGGCUUUUGGUGCUGCUCAUUGGCAUUUCUCUGGGAAGCAACAGCGGCUACGCCAUCAACCCCACCAGAGACUUAGGACCCAGAAUUUUCACUGCCAUGGCAGGCUGGGGACUUGAAGUGUUCAGGGCAGGAAACAACUGGUGGUGGGUUCCUUUAGUCGCUCCUCCAAUUGGAGGCGUAUUGGGGGCAGGAGUUUACAAAGCCUUCGUGGAAAUGCACCACUCUUCAACCCCGGACGCAAAGCCGAUGAAGGAGAUGGAAGAGGAGACUUCUCCUCGUGAAAUUGCCCAAAAUAACCACAGUGACGCAUGUGUGUGAGUCUGGGAGACAAAAACUAUGAUUGUAAAUAUAUUUCAAUGACAGAGAGCUGGUUACGUAUGAAUGACUUGAAAACAUGGUGCUUUUAGAUGACUGAAUUUAUUCCAGAUAAUGAAACAAUUUGUUACAAAUGUAUUUUAAAUGAAGGGUUUUAAUUUAAAAAAAGUUGUAAAACAUGUACUGUACAUGUUACUUAAAUACAGAUACACAACAGGGAUCUGAUCUUGUAGCAGUAACUUCAAAAUAAAAGUAAAAGUGUUCCAGCCGACAAAGUGUUUCAGAGUUGACAUGCAGCACUUGGAUUGCAGUUCUUGUUGACCUGCCUAGUUAAUGUUGGUUCUUCAAGCAAGCUUCAGCACUGUUACAGCCACAAACCUUCAGCAUUGUUACUUCACGCUUGUAUUCAUCCAUGGAUGUAACUUAAACCUGCCACGUUUCACAUGAAAUAAAGCUGUUGUUAUUCCAAAGAAAAGAGUUUGUCACUUCUGAUGAUCUGCCUCAAUAACGUGGUGUACACCAUUUA